CCAUCGAGACGGCGGCCAGAGCGGCACGGCGGGUCCCGCCGCGAUGGCGGCGGUGGCGGAGGAGCCGUGCGAGGCCGUGCUGUGCGUCAAGCCCGCCGUGCACGUCUACCGGCUGCCGCCGCGGGCCUCCAACCGCGGGUACAGAGCUGCAGAGUGGCAGCUGGACCAGCCAGCCUGGAGCGGGAGGCUGCGGAUCACAGCCAAGGGCAAGGUGGCCUUCAUUAAGCUGGAGGACAAGACCUCGGGAGAACUUUUUGCCCAGGCACCAGUGGAGCAGUUCCCUGGGAUUGCUGUGGAGAGUGUGACAGAUUCCAGCAGAUACUUCGUCAUCCGGAUUGAAGAUGGGAAUGGCCGUCGGGCUUUCAUUGGAGUCGGUUUCGUGGACCGAGGGGACGCGUUUGACUUCAACGUGGCUCUUCAAGACCAUUUUAAGUGGGUGAGGCAGCAGGGUGAGCUGGCCAGGCAGGCUGAGAACCCUGAGCAAGGACUCAAACUGGAUCUGGGCUUCAAGGAGGGACAAACCAUCAAACUCAAUAUUGCAAAUAUGAAGAAAAAGGAAGGAGCAACAGGGAACACCAGGCCACGUCCCACCAGUCUUGGGGGCCUGACUUUGCUCCCACCACCUCCUGGAGGAAAAUCUUCCACUGCAGUUUGUCCCUCUGGAGAGCGACCGGCUUCGCUCUCGGCGCCCACCCAGCUGCCAGGCACCCCCAUCACAGACUCCCUCCUCUCCUGGCCCCAGCCUCCUGCUGCUCCUCCCUCCACCGACCUCUGGGGAGACUUUGCCCAAGCUCCAGGGUCAGCUUCUAACCAGCCUCAGACAAACUCAGGCUGGGUUCAGUUCUGAGCCCAUGUUGGGAUCAUCACAAUUCCUUCAGGACCAAAGCAGGAGCUUCAGGACACCCUGUUCCUGCCCUUAAAUUCCCCCUCCCCAGCAUCAAAAUGCUUCAAUAAGUACCAGAAAGCAACAAACACGUGCCUUAAAACACUCCACACCAGCACCUUCCACCUCAGGGGUGUGUUAUUUUCCACCUGGAUCACAGGAAACCUUGGAGGCUUCUCCUUCCUGCAAAAUAAACCCCAACAAAACCAUCAACUUCCUCCCCUUAAUAACCAGGGGGGAACCGGUGCUCCCAGCAGGACUGUCCCUCCCAACGUUGCCCCCAGUUCAAGGUCAUUUUCACUAAAGGUUUUUUGAGAAAGGUUCCUGGGAGACUUCUCUGCUUUCUCCUGGAAUAUUUGGCCUGGGUAAAUCCCUCAGGAUCUGCCUGGAGACACCACCCCUGCUAAAUCCAGACCAGCACCCUGCUGAGAUGCCAAACAUCGCCCCAGCUUUGGAGCACUUAAAUCCAGGAAGUUGGGAGCCAAACCUGCGGUAUUUCCAUGCUGAAAUUCCUCAUUUUGAUGCCAAAAUUCCACAUUUCUUGCUCUGGGAAGUUUUAUUCUUUUCCUCCUCUAUUUUGAAGACCCAUUUUUACUCCUUUCUGUGGACGUUUUACGGAGCGAUACCUGGAAUGAAGGACAAAAAGGGAGUCAGUCUCUUUGACAGAGCUGGGGUUGAGAUUCCUCUUGAAGCAAAUAAAUAUUUUCUUACCUAUUUAUAUCACA